AUGGGAACUCCACUCGUCGGAACAGUCAUAAUAACCGGAGGAAAUGGGUCACUCGGGUCUGAAAUCGCCGUCGCUAUCGCCAAAACACAACCGUUUGCACACAUACUGCUAGCUACACGGGACAUUCGAUCCGAUAGUGUGAAGGAUGUGACGGAACGGAUACGGCUGAUCGGGCCACGGUCUAUCGAGGUGGUCAGGGUCGAUCUGAGUAGCUUCAACUCGGUCGUCAGCUUCUCUCAGAAUACGGUCGAUAGAGUGCGAUGCAAGGAUAUCCCGCCCGUGACGGUGUUGAUCAACUCCGCCGCCAUGGCUUCGUACGUGAGCGACGACGUGACCCCGGAUGGGUAUGACCCUGUUUACCAGACCAACUGCCUCGCACCCUUCCUUUUGACCGUCAGUUUACUUGAGGCCUUCCGGGCAGGCGACGGAACGGCGAACGGGGGUACGAGAGUGAUCAACAUUGGAUGUUCUGCCAUGUCGAGUGGUUCUCUGGAUUACUUCGAUCGGAAUCCCGGAUUGGCCUCAGGGACGCCGUUGAGUGCAAAGGAGGGAAACAUGCGGUUUGGGAGCAGCAAGUUGCUGAUGUCUGCUGCCAUGUAUGCUCUGCGAAGGAGUCUGGUCCGGACUGGCAGCAUUUCCCUCAACAUAUACACACUUGAUCCCGGAGGGAUGACCGGGGAGAGUCAUUUGACAACCACGACGGCUCCCUUAUCCGUACGAAUGGCACAACAGACCCGAUCUGGCCUCCGACCCGUUUUGCGCAUGUUCUCCAAGAGUGCCAUCAACAAAACCAAGGUUCCCGCCAAAGUGAUAGCAAAGGUCGCAUUCCAGAAUGAAACGGUGGAGAAUUGGGGAAGAGAAAGAUAUUAUAUCUUGGAUAACGAGUACGAAGCCGGAUCCGUCAUCUCAACGCUGCGAGAUCCGCCUCAGAUGGAAGCCCUGCUGCAGAAGAUGAUGCGACAGGUCGAGGUAGGAGUCAAGGGGAUGGGGUUCCAACCGCGCUCACAACCUGCUUUACGACGUCGAAGACAGCUCUUACAACGGUUAUUUUUGAUCGGAGGAAUUUCUUUACUGUUGCUUGUUCUGAUCUUUCCGUCCUGGCGAGCCGCAAUCCUUCCCACGUUAUCGCUGGGCCUCCUUUCUUCCUCCGACGACCUUUCGCUCGAAACCGUUCGACAUUAUGAUUUAUCCCAGGUUCAAGGGUCAGCAAAAGGGUGGGAGCGCGAGGAACGGGUGCUCAUGUGUACCCCUCUCAGAGAUGCCUCCUCACAUCUUCCCAUGUUCUUUUCGCAUCUUCGGAACCUCACAUACCCUCACCACCUUAUAGACUUGGCGUUUCUGGUAUCGGAUUCCAAGGAUGACACGAUGGGCAUGUUAACGCGCAUGCUCGAGGAGCUUCAGACCGACCCCGAUCACACAAUGUCGUUCGGAGAGAUUUCGGUCAUUCAGAAGGAUUUUGGACAAAAGGUGACACAGGAUGUGGAGAGUCGGCAUGGUUUUGCUGCCCAGGCUGGACGGAGAAAGUUGAUGGCUCAGGCACGGAAUUGGCUGUUGAGUGCCACGCUUCGGCCGGCGCACAGUUGGGUUUACUGGAGAGAUGCAGACGUUGAGACUGCCCCAUUUACCAUUCUCGAAGACCUCAUGAGACACGACAAGGAUGUCGUUGUACCAAAUGUUUGGCGACCUCUUCCGGACUGGUUAGGUGGGGAACAACCGUAUGAUUUGAACUCCUGGCAAGAAUCGGAGACGGCAUUGGCCCUUGCCGAGACAUUGGACGAAGAUGCGGUCAUUGUGGAGGGAUAUGCCGAAUAUGCCACAUGGAGGCCUCACCUUGCUUAUCUCCGUGACCCAUAUGGCGAUCCCGAUAUGGAAAUGGAGCUUGAUGGUGUUGGAGGUGUCAGUAUUCUCGCCAAAGCAAGGGUAUUCCGCGCAGGUGUUCAUUUCCCAGCGUUCAGCUUUGAGAAACACGCUGAAACAGAAGGAUUUGGAAAGAUGGCUAGAAGAAUGGGAUUUUCCGUCAUUGGACUUCCCCACUACACCAUCUGGCAUCUUUACGAACCGAGUGUGGAUGAUCUCCGACACAUGGAAGAGAUGGAACAAGAGCGAUUGGCCCGCGAGAAAGAAGAAAAGGAACAGGCCGAACGGGCCGAGCGGGUCGAUACUCUGUUCAAAGACUCUAAAUCAGAAUGGGAGGUUGACGACGCCGUCGUGAAGUAUUCCAUGGAGGAGGAGAAAAAGGAGUCUUUGGCUAAAGAUGGCCUCAAAGGCUCCGAAGAAGGCCCUGCAGCCACCCCCGCGAAAGAAAGUGUGGCAGCUGCUCCAGGUGUUUAA